AUGUGGCUGCUGGAGGUGGCCGGGCAGCAGCCCCCGAGGCGGGCAGGUGCGGGCUGCAUGGAGAAAAGCGGCUGCAGCCCAUUCCCCAUGUGCUGGGCUAAAGAAUAUGACAGAUACCUAGCAUCUAGCAAAACCAUGGCAGCAGCUUACCUUGACCCAAACUUGAAUCACACCCCAAGUUCAGGUGCAAAGACUCACCUCAGUACUGGGAUGGAGCGUUCACCGGGGGCCAUGGAACGAGUCCUAAAGGUUUUCCACUACUUUGAAAGCAGCAGUGAACCGACCACGUGGGCCAGCAUUAUCCGGCAUGGAGAUGCUACUGAUGUCCGAGGCAUAAUUCAGAAGAUUGUGGACAGUCACAAAGUGAAAAAUGUGGCCUGCUAUGGGUUACGGCUCAGUCACCUGCAGUCUGAGGAAGUUCACUGGCUACACCUGGACAUGGGGGUGUCCAAUGUGAGAGAGAAAUUUGAACUAACUCACCCUCCAGAAGAAUGGAAAUAUGAAUUGAGAAUUCGGUAUUUGCCAAAAGGAUUUCUAAACCAGUUCACUGAGGACAAACCAACUCUAAAUUUUUUCUAUCAGCAGGUGAAAAAUGACUAUAUGUUAGAAAUAGCAGAUCAAGUGGACCAGGAAAUUGCUUUGAAACUGGGUUGCCUUGAAAUCCGGAGAUCCUAUGGAGAGAUGAGAGGCAAUGCAUUAGAAAAGAAGUCCAACUAUGAAGUGUUAGAGAAAGAUGUUGGUUUGAGACGAUUUUUCCCGAAGAGUUUACUAGAUUCAGUGAAGGCCAAAACACUACGGAAAUUAAUCCAACAAACAUUUCGACAAUUUGCCAACCUCAAUAGAGAAGAAAGUAUUUUGAAGUUCUUUGAGAUCCUCUCUCCAGUGUACAGAUUUGACAAGGAAUGCUUCAAGUGUGCUCUUGGUUCAAGCUGGAUUAUUUCAGUGGAACUGGCAAUUGGCCCAGAAGAAGGAAUCAGUUACCUGACAGACAAGGGUGCAAAUCCCACCCAUCUAGCAGACUUCAAUCAAGUGCAAACCAUUCAGUAUUCAAACAGUGAAGACAAGGACCGGAAAGGGAUGUUGCAACUCAAAAUAGCAGGUGCACCUGAGCCUCUGACAGUGACAGCACCAUCCUUAACCAUUGCAGAGAACAUGGCUGACCUGAUCGACGGCUACUGUCGGCUGGUGAACGGGGCCACGCAGUCCUUCAUCAUCAGGCCUCAGAAAGAAGGUGAAAGAGCUUUACCAUCAAUACCAAAGCUGGCCAACAAUGAGAAGCAAGGAGUGAGGUCUCACACAGUCUCUGUGUCAGGAGUCAAUCACUGUCAGCAUAAAGUAAAGAAAGCUAGACGCUUUCUGCCUUUCGUCUUCUGUGCCCAUGAGUCGCCGCCCAAGGAUGAAAUUAGUGGGGACGAGACUGAUGACUAUGCAGAGAUUAUAGAUGAAGAAGACACUUAUACAAUGCCCUCAAAAAGCUAUGGAAUAGAUGAAGCCAGAGAUUAUGAAAUUCAAAGGGAGAGGAUUGAGCUGGGGCGCUGCAUUGGGGAAGGACAGUUUGGAGAUGUGCACCAAGGAGUUUACAUGAGCCCGGAAAAUCCAGCUAUGGCUGUUGCAAUCAAAACAUGUAAAAACUGCACUUCAGACAGUGUUAGAGAAAAAUUCUUACAAGAAGCCUUAACAAUGCGUCAGUUUGAUCACCCUCACAUUGUGAAGCUCAUUGGGGUUAUUACAGAAAACCCAGUCUGGAUAAUCAUGGAGCUCUGUACACUUGGAGAGCUGAGGUCGUUUCUGCAAGUAAGGAAGUACAGCUUGGACCUGGCUUCUCUGAUACUCUAUGCUUACCAGCUUAGCACAGCUCUUGCCUACUUAGAGAGCAAAAGAUUUGUACAUAGGGAUAUUGCUGCUAGAAAUGUGCUGGUAUCUACCACUGACUGUGUGAAAUUGGGUGACUUUGGUUUAUCACGAUACAUGGAAGACAGUACUUACUACAAAGCUUCCAAAGGAAAAUUACCCAUCAAAUGGAUGGCUCCAGAGUCAAUCAAUUUCCGACGGUUUACCUCAGCUAGCGAUGUGUGGAUGUUUGGUGUGUGUAUGUGGGAGAUCCUCAUGCACGGGGUAAAGCCCUUCCAGGGAGUGAAGAACAAUGAUGUGAUUGGGCGGAUCGAGAACGGUGAGCGGCUCCCAAUGCCUCCAAACUGCCCUCCCACCCUCUACAGCCUUAUGACCAAGUGCUGGGCCUACGACCCCAGCAGGAGACCCAGGUUUACUGAACUUAAAGCACAACUCAGUACAAUACUGGAGGAAGAGAAGCUGCAGCAAGAAGAACGAAUGAGAAUGGAAUCCAGGCGACAAGUCACGGUAUCCUGGGACUCAGGAGGAUCAGAUGAAGCUCCUCCCAAGCCCAGUAGACCUGGUUACCCCAGUCCCAGAUCCAGUGAGGGGUUUUAUCCAAGUCCACAACAUAUGGUGCAGCCAAAUCAUUACCAGGUGUCUGGCUACCCUGGUUCUCAUGGGAUACCAGCCAUGGCAGGCAGCAUUUAUCCUGGGCAGGCUUCUCUCCUGGAUCAAGCGGAUUCCUGGAACCAUCGGCCUCAGGAAAUAUCAGUGUGGCAACCAAACAUGGAGGAUUCAGGCACUUUGGACAUCCGAGGGAUGAGCCAGGUUCUGCCCACACACCUCAUGGAGGAGAGGUUGAUACGACAGCAACAGGAGAUGGAGGAAGAUCAGCGCUGGCUUGAAAAAGAAGAACGAUUCCUGAAACCUGACAUGCGGCUCUCCAGAGGCAGCAUCGACCGGGAGGACGGAGGUCUCCAGGGCCCAGCUGGUAACCAGCACAUAUAUCAGCCUGUGGGAAAACCAGAUCAUGCAGCUCCGCCAAAGAAGCCUCCACGCCCUGGAGCCCCUGGGCACCUGGGCAGCCUUGCCAGCCUCAACAGCCCCGUGGACAGCUACAACGAGGGUGUGAAGCCAUGGAGGAUCCAGCCGCAGGAGAUCAGCCCCCCUCCCACGGCCAACCUGGACCGCUCCAAUGACAAGGUGUACGAGAACGUCACCGGGCUGGUGAAGGCUGUGAUAGAAAUGUCCAGUAAAAUCCAGCCGGCUCCGCCCGAGGAGUACGUGCCCAUGGUGAAGGAGGUUGGUUUGGCACUAAGAACUUUAUUGGCAACAGUAGAUGAGACCCUCCCAGUGCUCCCUGCAAGCACCCACAGAGAGAUCGAGAUGGCACAGAAGCUGCUGAACUCAGACCUGGCCGAGCUCAUCAACAAGAUGAAGCUGGCUCAGCAGUAUGUCAUGACCAGCCUGCAGCAGGAGUACAAGAAGCAAAUGCUGACGGCUGCUCACGCCCUGGCUGUGGAUGCCAAAAACCUGCUGGAUGUUAUCGAUCAAGCCAGACUGAAAAUCAGCCAGUCCAGACCACACUAAGCACUGAGGGAAGAGUGUCAUCAGCCUUGGAAUUCUGCUUGCGACUGGAUGUUCCUUCACCUUCCACCAGCAGUGAGGAGUAACCCAGUGCAGUCCUGGCCUUCAGCAGACCUGACCGCCCACUGCUGGUUCUCUCAUUGCAACAGUUUAACCAAGUCUUAGUGGUAGAGCCCAGCCGGGCUGGGGUUCAGAACGUGGCAGUAUCAGCAGAUGAGGUUUGUACAGAGCCCUGGGACACAGGGCAGGUCACACCAUCGCACGGGACACGCUUCGCACUGGGCUGCCACCGGCUCACGCUCUCGGAGCCAAAACUGUUGGAGCAGCAGAUGGGAGAAAGAUAUUGUGAAGAAUUCGGGGAAACCUCAGGGCUGAGAAUUCUUGCCCACAGUAUAUGAACUAUCCAGACUGGAAUUUUUUUUAUUAGAACACUUACGUCGCAAUAUGCUAAUCAUGAUUUACAGAGAAAGAAUAAAAAGCUAUAUUUUCAAGACUUCAGUCAUUUCAAGACAAACUAAAGCCCUCUCCAUCUUCCUGCCUUUUACUUUUACGUGACUGUGUGAAGCAUUUGUUUGGAACUAGCUGUAGGACACAACUGAACACUCGUCUUUUUCACCAGGAUAAUGUGCCAGUUCUUUUGUAGCAAUGUUGUUUUCAUUGGAAGUGAAAAUGCUGCUUUGUACCAGAGCAGUUCAGAGCUGCAUUUAGAGGUCUGUAACCAUUCAUGUCGCCCAUUUUUAUAUAAUUUAUAAAGACAGAUUAAAGCCAUGAUGACUAUUUUAAACCCAGUGUAGUUAACUAAUCCAUCCUUUUGUCUAUCUUGCCUGGGAGGAGUUGCAGUAGAGCAAUGUAAUUAGAUUUUCCUUGGUUCUCCAGUUAUGCCAUCGGUUCUGUUAAAAUAAAAACCACACUCCCUUUUGCUGUUGAGGGAUAUAAAUUAUUCUCAGGAAGAAUAUAAUGAACUGUAC